AUGAGUUGGUGUCUUAUCUUCCAUAUGAUUUAUGGAAUUAGUCAGAUUGUAGCUGUCAGUGGAGGAGGUACAGGUCUGGUUCGUCUGGUAGAUACAACAGGUGCUACUUUGGACGUUUGUGUAGGACCAGCAGUAGGGAAGCUUUCCUCACGAUGUUUGUAUGGCAGAAAGGUGUUUAAAGCACAUCAUGACUUCGGUGAGAUCCAGGUUGGAAAUGAAAUCAGGGAAAAGCCACACUCACUUUCCUUCCGUUUUGAAUCGUUGACGACAGGGUUGGUGGUGACACUUAGGGUUGUUCGUGGUUAUCAGGAGAAAUCUCCUGGAGCUAUCAGCGUCUCUCUGACCGGUCAAUUUGACCCUAUUGGUUAUAUACACACCAGGACUUUAGUGAUAAAACGAAUCAACAUCACCUUAGAGUAUAUCCUUAUGUGUGACGAGUAUUAUCAUGGGGACUGCUCAGCCUACUGCCACCCCAAGCACCCGAUGUAUGACUGUGAAACGGACGGGAACAAGCUAUGUCUUACUGGUUGGACUGGAAGCAAUUGUGAUGUCCGAGAUGACACCUGUGGAACCAACCCUUGUCGCCAUGGUGGUACCUGUACUAAUAUACCACACAACCACCACUUCUGUGUGUGUACACCGCAAUGGACAGGACAUAACUGUGAGACACCCGUGAAAACAUAA